AUGCGCAGCAAAGUACCAGUAGGCAAGUCCUCACCUCGUCCUCACGUGCAGGUUAAUAACUACGGGCGAAUUAACUCGCCCGGCGAUGACAUCCGUGUAGCCAUGGCGAAGAACGCGAGCAAGGCGGCAAGUCCUACCGCCGCCUCCGGUGCGAGCUGUGACGGGGACGACGGAGACGAAGCGAACGGCGACGACGCCGAGGAGGAUUGGCUGGAGAACGGCCACGACGACAGCGCUUCAGGCGACGAUGUAGGUCCUGCUGACAUCGAGGAGGACGACUGGUGGAAUCGGCCGGUCGGGAGCAACGACGAGGUGGAAGAGUGGCAUGCUGGUGAUUCCGACAACGACGGAGGUAAAGAUGCGCAUGGUAACAACGCGGAGGCAGCGGCGGAUGCACAGGAAGCGGCGGUGGAUGCGAAUGAGGAGGCUGACGAUGAGGCGGGGGCGGAACUUGAGACAUUUGCGCCUGCGGAUGCGGCCGCAGUUGCGGAUGCGGAAGGCGAGGAAGGCGGCGACGACGACCCAUGGAGCUUUGGGACCGACGACGACGUCCCGCUACUGAAGCGGAGGCUGCGCCAUCGCCUACAGUCCAAGUCAAAGCGGGCCCGCGUGGUGCUCUCUGACGACGACGGUCCGGGGGAGGAGCGUCGCCCGAUACUCACCGCUGCGGAGAAGGGGAAAGCCAAGGUUGCGGAAGCCCCUUCUAAGGCCCCUGCUAAAGCCCCUGCUCGUCGCCGCACAAGCAACAAGAAGCUGACAUCCGACGGAGACCCGGGAUCCAGCAAGGGGAACCUGCGGAGGCCUCCGCACCCCGUGGUGCUGCAGUGGAUCGCGGAGGCUUGGGAUCAAGUCCCCAAGCAGAUCAUCAUCGACGCGUUCCGCCACUGUGGGAUCUCGAGCAAGCUGGACGGAACAGAGAACCACCUGGUGAUGUCUCACCUGCGCGCCAGGAGCACCACCGAUGUCUCCGCGGACAUGUCUCUCGGGGGGACCAUAGGCGACAACACGCGCCUGCUCGGUUGGGCUCCAGAGGAGGAGGAGGAGGCGAUGCAGGCGGAGGGCGUGCGGGAGGUGGCCGUGGCAACCGGCCUGGAGGUGCUGUACCAGGAGACCCCCAACUACCGUGGAGCGGCGGCCGAGGCUGACCGCAUGAUCGAGCCUAGGGAGACGGCUAGGCAUGCCUGGCGAGUGCCAGACCUGGGUGUAGAGCCUGAUGUUAGUGCAGGUGAGGAGGCGGUGACUGAGGGGGGUUAG